AUGACAAGCACAGCUGCCUACCCCCCUCCGUACGAUCGCUCGACGGGUGGACUCGACUCCAACGACUCACCACCACCACCCCCCGUGCAGAAUUCCGAGAAUUUGUCGGUGGUGGAUGACCGCCGAAACUCAUGCGCCUGUGAUGUGUGUGUGUGUUUUGUCUCUGUGGCAGCAUUCAUCAGGAAGGUUUACGCCAUCCUUAUGGCACAACUGAUUGUCACAAUUGGUAUCAUCUGCAUGUUUAUUUAUUGCUUCCUACCCAUGGCCUGCCAGGGUACGGCAGUUCAGCAAGCAGAUUCAUUUCCAUCUGGUCAAUUCUGGUGUGACUGUUUCCCCAGACCGGCUACAUUCAUCCUGCUCAUGUGCUUGUCAUGCUGUAGCGGGAUUCGUCGUAAAGCUCCCUGUAACUUCAUCUUUCUGCUGCUCUUCACCCUGCUGGAAGGGGUAUUGCUGGGAUCUAUUUCUUGCUACUACUCGGCCAACUCGGUGAUGUGGGCAGCGGGCAUCACCGCCUUUAUCUCCCUGGGCCUCACCAUCUUCAGCUUCCAGACCAAGAUUGAUUUCACGAUGAAGUCCGGGAUAAUGUUCGUGUUUCUCAUGGCGCUGCUGUCGUUUGGAUUGAUGUGCGCCAUUCUACGAAGCGACUGGGCCAACAUCGCUUAUGCCACACUUGGGGCUCUCGUCUUUGCAGUCUACCUCGUGAUCGACACGCAGCUCAUGAUGGGAGGGAAACACCGCUACAGCCUGAAUCCCGAGGAGUACAUCUUCGCGGCACUCAACCUCUACAUCGACAUCGUCAGCAUUUUCCUCUUCAUCCUCACCAUUUUCCAGCGAUGAAGUCGGCACAGCCCACACGCAGAGAGGCGCGGCGCGCACCCCAUCGUUCGCGACUGUACUCGAAGAAAAUCAACAAAUCUGUCAAUGUCUCUAAAUUUACCUUAUUUCCAUUGUUAAUUUUUUUUUAUGUUUAGACAUAUUCCAUAAUUGCAAGUUUAGAGCAUAAACCAUUAUUUUUUUGAGUCUUUCGGUAAAGUCACGUAGAUAGGUUCAAAGAAAAUUUCAAAAACGACGUUUCAG